CAACCGUCCAAUUGUGUCAUGUGCAUCACAGCAGGGACCGCCUUCUGGGCAAUGUGCAUGCUGCCUGGACAGAAGCAUCGUUGGCUGUGCUAGAGUAGCGGGAGCGAUAUUGUGGACAUUUUACUCAGACAUUUUCUGUUUAUCUUAGCUUUUUUUUUUAAAAUCACAUCACAUAAUAUGAAGAAUAUGACUCUCCGAAGUCUUAAAAAAGUAAACUCCUGUGAUCCAGCUAGUGGACUUUCGAGCCAGGACGAUAUUUACUUUCCGUCCUCAAAGUCCGACAGUUUUAAAACUAUGGAUUUACCAACUAAUUCCUCGGAGGUGUAUAAUUACAAGACUUUGGCAUACUCUGGUGGAACGUUGCCAAGGAACUACAGAAAGAGUGGUGGGUUGCAGAAAUGGAAGCCCCUCACACAAACACCAGAGCCACAGAGGAAAGUCGUUGUCCUGGAGAAGAAGGAGGAGGAGACCUUUGGCUUUGAGAUCCAGACAUAUGGGCUGCACCACCAGGACGAGAACUCUGUCGAGAUGUGCACAUUUGUGUGCAAGGUUCACGACGACAGCCCCGCCCAACAAGCUGGACUCAAAGUCGGGGACACCAUCACUAGCGUGCAUGAGACCACUGUGGACGGAUUUCAACACAAGGAGAUUGUUCAGCUAAUCAGGGCCUCUGGGAACUCCAUUAGGCUGGAAACAGUGUACAGCAACUCCAUUCGAAAAGCAGAACUGGAGGCAAGGCUUCAGUAUCUGAAGCAAACCGUACAUGAGAAAUGGGAUGAAUACAGAUCUUUGAUGAUGCAAGAGCAGAGGCUGGUUCAUGGCAUAGUGAUGAGUGAUGCUGCUAUCUAUGAGUCCCUGGAGUCUGCAGGGGUGUACGGUAGUCUGGGCACCCCGAGCCCGGCCGCCAUGCGUGCCCUUCGCUGCACCGGCAGCACCAGCAGCAGCGCCAGCCACCUGAGUGCCACCACGGAGGAGGACCCGCUCUACCAGACCUGUCUGUACCAGGGGCAGGGUGACCGCCUCAACGACGCCAACGGUGACCUCACCAAAACCACCAGCAGCACAGAGAAAGACAAACAGGAACAGGAGAAGCCACCCAAGGGUAAGCAGCGAAUGAUCCGUCCCGCCAGCGAGCUCUUCACCUCAGCAAAGACCCACCUGACCCGCAGCGCCAGCACACGCAGCUACAUGAGGGGCUCCAACAACAACUCUUCGUCAGCACCAGGGGAGAAAGAGCAAUCGGGAGGGUUCAGCUCGCUACAGAGGAAACCCAAACAGAAGAGUUUGCGCCGACACCUCCUCAAGUUCAUCCCUGGACUGAACAGAGCCAUGGAGGAGGAGGAGAGCAAGCUCUGAGGACUAAACAGGCUAAACACCCAAAGAACUAGAGACUCUUUCUGACCCAAAGACUUAACAUUGCCUCUGACUCUCAAAAACGAACUACCAAAGAUUUCAAAAAAUAGUGCCAAAUCUAUCCAGUCAUACUUUUAUACUUGUUCACAUUACAUUUGGUCCAGUAGGACCAAUGGUUCUUUGAGUUCUAAAGCACACUCUAUUUUCAGGACAUACUGUACCUUGGUUACUGGUUUUAUAUUUCAUAAGUUAUUUAUUUAUUUUUGACUUGUAAGACCUAUGUACAGAAGGAAGAUUUUUUGUGUUUAUUUUGGUUUUGUCAUCAUGACAGUUGAAAACAAAUGCCUCAUAGAACAUGAUACUUUUUAUAAGAGACACAUUUGUUACUGUUUUACUGCCUUUUUGUACCAGAAAAACUGCCAAAAAUAUCUAAAAAUAAAUCAAAAAACAUUUUCA